CCACCUCCUCAUAUCCCUAGCAAGUCUGGAGAAGAAGUGUGGGGAGAGACUCUCCCUGCGGAGUUUCCAGCACCAUGCUGUUAGAUCUAACAUCCGGGAGAGACACUGCCUCAAAAGGAUGGUCUGGAGAAGAAAGAGGGCAACACGAGGAUUCUGGGAACCAGACCGCUCCGGCCCCUUUCCCUGGUUAUCUCAAAGGCAACAGGCACAGUGUGGGGCACUCGCAGCAAAAAUGGGUUGAGCCUGGCCAAGCACAUCUGGGGGUUCAGCCAGAGGAGAAAUCAUCCCAGUAGAGAAACGACAGGGCAUGAGGGAUGCAGUUUCUACAAAGCCACAGCUGGCAUCAUUCCAGGGAUGCUCUUGGCAAGACGCUGGGUGCUUGCACCUAUCCCUUGCCCCAGGGUGUCACCUCCUGCCACCACUCUGGCUUGCUCACCCUGAAACCGGCUUUGCCUUCAGCUCAACCCCAGGGCAGCGAGACAUGGACUGGAGGCAGCACCGAGGGCCAUGGGCUGGGCGCAGGGAGAAGGGACCUGAUAGCACCAGGGUGAGGAGGAGCUGGAUGAGGCCAUGCCAGGUGGGGCAAGGGAGCUCUCUGCACCCCCAUCCCCAUCGUAGCAGGGUUCUGUCCCCCACCCCACUGCUGGCAGUAAUCCCCAUACCCAUGUGGUAUGUGCCCUCACGGCCCCAAGAGAAGAAUGGAAAUAUCCGGAAGUCACCUGCAAAUGAGCAGCACUUUCAGUUAAUGAGGAAAUAUGAGCCAGAGACCCUGGGCAGCAACAGGAUAUCUGCUUCUUGUGCACUGAGCAAGGCACUCCCUUCCCACCAAGCCCCCUGCCUGCCCUCCCUCUUCAGGAAGUUUCCAGCGCUGUUGUGCUCUUGGAGGUCCAUCCCUGGAGAUUUCCCAGAGAAGGAGGGCAGGCAGCAAACUGAAAUGGCAGGGAAUAUAAACCCAUGGGCAUUUAUAUGGAGUGGAUCCUAUCACAAGCUGGGAUGCCCUCAUCACCUUCCCUUGGCUUCUCCCAGGCACUGGGGAAAGGGAGUAGAGGGAUUUUUCUUUACUGGAGGGGAGUCUUGUAUCAGCCUCUUUCAGGCAGUGAGUCUGCGAGCAGAAGGCACUGCAAACUGAGAUAGGAUGAAGGACUGAGCACCAGGAAGUGUAGGGCAGAGACUUGAGCCCCUCCACAUCUGUCCACUCCUCUCUCCCUCCCCUGUAAUCCCCUGAUCACAUUCAGUCAUCCAUAAGACCUCCACCCUGUGUUGGAGGGCUUCGUGCUGGGAGGAUGAGGGGAUGCAAUUUGCACAGCCCUGUCUUUGAUGUUGUGGUAGUCAAAGCAGGUCCUCAUUUGGGAAAGCUGCUGGGCCACUUGUCUGCUCCAUGAUAAGCCCAGUAGCCAGUCUCUCUGCAAUGGUGAGACUGGUAUUGCUGCCUGGGGCUUAGGGUUACAGAUGGGAUGAAAGGUUGGGGUGACUGAAGGUAAAUGAGGUAGCUGCACUGGGAGAAGUCCAGGCAUAAGCUCCUGCCCAGGGCAUCCAUAGGUGGUACAGUGACUCUGCAGCACUGUCCAGCUUCAUAGCCAUCUCUCACUCAUCAUCUGAGGUGGAUAAAUAGGCUGAGAAGCAGCAUUGUAUGGACUGACUUUCCAGGCUGCUGUAUAUGAAAGAAGGGGGUGUAACUGAGCAGCCAGAGGCCAGGAUGAGUACUGAGACCCAGAGCUGGCACAUACCUGACCCUUGAGGUCACCAAGGCACUUGAGAGCUAGACCUAGAAGUACAAAAGUCACAGCUUGGCUGGCAUGGCUGCAAGAUCACAGGUUUGGGGAAGGAUGCUGAAGAGAAGGCAUUUCCAGAUGCUUUCCUGGAAAUUAAGCCCAUCCUGGCCCAAAGCACAGAGAUGCUUGGAGUAGGAAUGAGAAGGAAGCAGUGGAGAGCCGGCCGCCCUGCAAGAAGCAGAACAUGGGCCCUGUCCCAUCUGGAAAAGAUUUGUUCUGCAUUCCCCAGUGGAGGUGGCUGCCGUCGCCCAGGCUCUGCUUCCUGACACAGCCUUUCCUGCAGGCCACAGGGAUGGGGGUGAGGGAGAGCCUCAGGCAGGGUGGGGAAAAUACCCUGGCAGGCCAUGCAGAGGGAGGAGACCCAAAGAAAGGGUCUUUUUCUGCCUCUCCCACCACCCCCAUAAGCUUCCACUGAGCAGGACUUAGGGGGAGGAAUGCCUACCACACCCCUGGCAAGCCGGGAGGAUGCAUGUCAUGAUUUCUCCUCCUUUCCUCACUGAUGGCAGAGCUCAUCUCCUAUCAGAGCUAAGCUUCCAUCUUCCUCCAAGACACAGACCCACUUAAAGUACCACCAACAUGCACAUAUGGUCUUAAUUCCUAAUGGAGAAAAUUUCCACAGAACGCAGACACUCCAACUUCCAUUUUGCAGAAGAGAAGCCAGAGAACAGUGCCAAACCCUAGUACUACUACUUAGCAAACUUCUGAGCAAUAAGGUGCUCCUGCCAGGGCACCUCAGCACGAGCCACCCGAGCCCAGUGAACAGCCAGGCUCCAUUUUGACAUCUCCUCUGCAGACAUCUUGUCAUCCCUUCAGCCAAGCCCUACUUAACCCCAACAAGUCUUGUCUCGCCUUCCCCAGCAGAGACACCUCCCUUCUCCUCAACAGGGUCCUGAAUAGGUGCUUGUGCGUGGCCCUCAAGUGGUCCCCAGCAGAGCCACCAAGCCAAGCCUGAAGGCCAUGAGGGUCACCACUGGCACUGAUGAUGCUACACCCGCCAGCAGGUUGCCCCUCAUUGGCACUGACAGAGUCUUCUGCCCCGUGACCAUCAAGGGAUAACACAUGAUGCCAGAGGGAUGUGGUGUCCCACAUGUGGGCAGAAGCUCUCCCCGGUGCCACCGAAGAGCACCUCCUUCCAUUUAUCCACUGCCACCCCCUCACCCUGGUCUGACACACUGUCGCUGGUAUGACGCUUGUCCUGACCCUGUAACAAACACCAGCCUGGCCCACGUGGCCUUCAGGGAGGCUGUCAUCCCGCUAAUGCCCAAGCCCGUGCUACCCACAGCUCCUGGUACGACCACCCACCCGCAGACCCCAGUCCCGACUGGCAGUGCUACAGCCCUGGGAACUUCCUAUCCAACAUGGGAUCAGGGGACCCUAUGUGAUACCUGAGGGGUCACACGCACACACAGGGUUCCAGCCCCUUUCCUGAGCCCUGCAGCCAGGCUCCUCUAACCAGGUUAGACAGCAGCCUGGCCUCCCCCCUUCCCCCAAACCCACUGAAGCCGGCAGCCGGGAGCGGGAGGCGGCCAAUGCCGGCAGACGGGAAAUGGCACCGGGGAAGCGGGGAGGAGGGGAGCGGCAGAGAAGUUCCUGAAGUUUUCUGUCCUGGAUAGUUGGAAUAAAUCUCAUUUUCUCUGGUCUCCUUGCCGAGGCGAGGAUUGGCUCGGCAGUGCUGCAGCCCGCCCUCCUCCUUCCCACGUCCCCUCCCCGCCAGCUUCGCUCCCUCUCUCCCGUGGCAUCAGGGCGUCAGCCUGGGAGAGCCAGCCUUGGGGGGACAGCCGUGGGAAAAGGAGGGGGGCAAUGCCUCCCCUUUCUCCCCCACUCCAUUCCGGAACACAGCACCGGUAAUCCUUGGAACAAGUUACAGGGGCCUGCGGAGAGUGUCUCACAACUUUUCGUCUGGAGGACGGGGAAAAAAUAACCCUGGUUCGAAAGAGGUGGCCAACAAGGGGACGAAUGCUCUUGCUCUGCCACUCCACCUGAAGCUCUUUUUGUUGCCUGCUGCCCCAUCCAUGACUGGCUCCCACUCACCCAGCGGCAGUAGAAGACAGUGGAUUAACCUCUAAGUCCACGACCAGACACAGCUUCCAGUGACCUCCGCAGAACGGGGGUGACCCAGACACCCCCUGGGGACAUCUCCGUGCCACCACCGUCCUCACCACUGGGGACAUACCCUCUGAGGGUGAUUUCAUGAGCACGACGUAGUGCAGGGAAGCAGGAAACCUGCCAAAAGCCAAAGUGACAUGCACUGUCACCCCAAGAGCAUCGGAGCAGAAGCAGUGGGGAGGCUGGGGAUGUGACAGACCACCCCAGUGCCGGAAGCCUGGUGAGGGCUGAUUUUUGGAGCUUUUUCAAAGGCAGGGUGAAGGCUGCAACAUGAGCCUGGGGAAGCUGCCGGUGCUCAGCUGGGUGUCAGGCUCCCACGGCAAGCGACGGCUGAAGUCGGAGCUGACGCCGGACAUGAUCAGCCCGCCGCUGGGCGACUUCCGGCACACCAUGCACGUGGGGCGCGGCGGCGAUGUCUUCGGGGACACCUCUUUCCUUAGCAACCACGGCGGGGCUGACGCAGCCAAACCCAACAACUUCUUCGCCCGGACGCUGCGGCACGUCCGCCGGACCCCGCUGAAGAGACGGGGCAGUGGGGGCCAGGUGGGGGCCUCGCCCGCCCCCCCGGCCAUCUCGCCCAUCAUCAAGAACGCUGUCUCGCUGCCGCAGCUCAAUGAGGGGAUCUAUGAUGGAGGCAGCGGCGGCCGGGGCUUGACCAGCAAGUUCUCCUUCAAAAGUGCCUCCAACAGCUUCUCCAAAACACACCAGGCCUACGGGCUGGAGUCUGGAUUUUGUACCAUCCCUCGUGUCCCUCGUUUGGAAAAGGCCCAAGAGAGCACCUGUCCUGGGGAAGAUGAGCUGGAUCGCUCCGACUCCCUGCUGUCCUUCCGCCUGGACCUGGGGCCCUCCCUGAUGAGCGAGCUCCUCCAGGUGAUGAGCUUCUCUGAAACCAAUGGCGGCGAGGGGGGGGAGGAUGGCCCACACCUCCUGUGUGAAGAGGGGACCAAGGACAGGGUCCCUUCAGCAGUGCGUGCAUCCCAUGAAGAGGACAAGGCAGCAUCCAGCUUCUGGGACCACUCCAGGCAGAGCAACCUGUCAGGGGCCGGCUCACUGCCGGGUCUGUUGGUCCACGCCAACGGAGAGGCACAUGCCAUUGAAGGCGCUGGAGCGAACUCUGUCUGGGCUUCGGGGCCAGGGGCAGUGUCCAGAGGGUCCCCGUGGCAAGGCCACUGGAACGACUGCACCAUUGAGGCUGGAGAAUUUGACCGAGCAACCCAGGUCCUGGCCCGCCAUUAUGGUGGGACCAGCACCCCAAGGAGCUCGGAGAAAGGUGAGGGUCCCCGGCAGGCCCGGACACAGACCCCAUGGGAGAGCCCCAGCAGCAGCUUGUGGGGGUCACAAGUGACAAGGGAGAGCCGGUCCCCCGAGGCCAGCUGGAACCAAGGAGAGGAGGAGGCGGAGGAGACCAAGCUCUCCAGCCUGCAGGAAAGCUACAGUGGUGCCCGAGGGGGCCGCAGCAAUUCCUUCGAGUAUGCCGAUGAGGAAGAGGAAGAGGACGAUGAAGUCAAGGUGUGAACAGCCAUCCCGCCCAUCACAGGCCCCACCAGAGACCUGGUGCCAGCAUCUUUGCCCUCCUCCCUGUUCCCUACCCGCUGGUACCGGUGUCACCAGCAGACCCAGUGGGUGACCUCCUUGCCAAGUAGGGGCACUGGGGAGGGCAGGAGGAGAGCCCAUCUCCUGGGGGGCUCCCUGGGGCUGGGCCAGGCUGCUGCAGAGGGCCAAUGGGCUCCACAGAGCCAGGCAUAGCACCCCUCCUCCAGCCUCACGGCCAUUAGACAUCAAAGGAACAUUCCCAUGUGCCAAAGGAACCCCGAAUCCUUCCUACCCCAUCCCAUUCUCCCCAGCACCCUCUCUCAACCCUCAGCCUGGCUCCGCCAACAUGUCUGGGGACAUACUCCAUCCUUCCACUGAUGUCCCCAAGCAUCCUCUGCAAUGGCACGUGUGCCUCCCCAGAGGUAUUCCCAUUGAUAGCUCUGGCACAUAGGGGAUGGGGUUUCCCCAGCUCCAGCUGGUGCAAGACCCUUCAGAAUAGCACAUCUAUCAAAAGGGGAAGGUCAGCUGGGGUCCCAAGGGCAGGCGAACCCCACAGAGCUGAGCUUUCUCUUUUCCCCUGCCUCCCUCAAAAAGCUGUGUGCUCAGUGUUCAGGAGGUGAGAGAAUGCACAGGAAUAAUCAGGAAUGUUUCCACUUGCCUCCUGCUGCUGGGCAUCACUUAGGACAGCUUCCUUCCUGACCCCCAUUCCCCUCAGCAACUGAGAGGGGAGAAACUUCUUGUCUGACUGGUGGCAAAGGCAGGUUGUCAGGUCACCAAAUUCUGCAGUUCAGGCCCUAAAAAUCCCUUUUUCUCUGCCUGCCUCAGAACAAGGAGACUCCUCUGCAGCCACUCAGUUUGUGCCACCAUCCUCGUGGUGGUGGCACAGUUUGUGUCUCUGUCCUGUCCCACUCCCCAUUCCCCACAAACACUUCCAUCUUUGCAGCGCACCCCUUCCCAAGGAUAAUGUGGAGCAUGGCUGAUGUCCCUCGCCGGGUGGCCCUGGGUGACACAGCCGCCUUGGAAUGAGCUGCCCCCCACGCUGGCCCGUGUGCAAACUGGCCCUCAUAGAAGCGCCUUUGUGCCAUGGUGUGGAGCCAACGUGCUCGGGGGCUGAGGUCACCGGAGGGACCCUCACAGGAACCCCUUGUUCUCUGGGACAGAAGGGCGUGUGCAGUGGGAGGAGAUGCUGGGCCAUGGCUGCAGGACUCUGCUCCCACGCAUCUCACCCGCCACCCAGCUGCUUUUGCCAGGAAGCUCUUCCGAGCAGGAUCAAGAGCCGCAGGGUGUGCACAUACUGCACAUGGAAGUGCCACUUGCAGCCAGGCCACCGAGGUUAAGGGCAAGCCCAUGUUCCCCAGCCUCCCCAAGGGGCUGCCUCAUGCCAGCCACCAGCAGCAAACCAGGGCAGGCACCAGCUUCAGGAAGUCCCCAGGUCUGGCAACUGGCAGCCAGCAGGAUCAGCCUUGUUCUCCCUUGCGCCUUCCAGGGUGGGGACCUGGGCUCUCAGGAUGAGCUCUCCUCUGCCCUCUGCUUCCCAGACCAUAACACAAGACCAAAGAUCCAUAUCUGUGGAAUUAUCCUUUCUGCCUCCACUCUGUAUCCCAUGCACUUACUAUUGUCCUUAUUAAAACAGUUUUGAUACGAA